UCAGAAACAGAUACUGGGAAGUAAGAACAUAAACUGGAGGAAAGUGUACAAACUGGUCCAAAACGCUUAAGAUAUAACUAAAGGAUAUUUCUUACUUUUUCCCAACCUAUGCCCUGUCUUUAUUUCUUUCAAAAACCGCACAGAAAUGAAAAGUAACAAUUCCAAAGGUCAAUUUCAUCCUCAAAUUUUCUCUUAGAAGCCACUAGGCACCAAAAUAGAGCUUGACAAACUAAGUUUUUCAGGAGAUUUGUAGCGCAAUCACACACUCAAAGGUGAAAAUGAAAGUGAGGAUCCCCACUCAUCAAGUCGGGACGUCCCCUAUAAUAGCCAUGUCUAAACAAACCGUUAAAGAUAAGGAAUUGAAUGUGUGUCUUUAUUUGGUAUCAGAAAAAACACAUUCUGACUUAUUAGGUCUAACCUGAGCCAAUUUUCAAUUUUACCUGCCGGUACCAAUCAUCAGGAGAGGCUGUCCCUCAUACAUCACAGGGGUGCGACAGUUCUCGCACUAUUUUUUUCGUAUUAAGUAAAGUUUAAUGCUAGCUGAAAGCGGUAUCCUACUAUCGGUCAGGUCAGGAAGCCCUUUUCUGAUUGGCUCUCCGGAGCGAUCCGACGUCAGUCUGUUAGUUAAGGUGCUAAUGAACAUGGCGAUGUCUGUUAGUAAUACCGGCGAAAGGAGAAGCCAACAAAAUACUCGUCCUGCAUGCAAUACGACGAGUUUCCAGAAGAAAUCACGCAGCAAAUUAGUGUCAAUCCCAGGAACCAGACCCUCAGUCCAGAAUGGACAGCUUAUUGUUUCUACCGGUGUUACGUCUCUUGACUAUGUGAUAGGAGGUGGUUUAGCCGUUGGAACUCUGCUGCUUGUAGAGGAAGACAAGUAUGACAGCUACUCCCGCAUGCUGCUGAAGUACUUCCUGGCUGAAGGUGUGGUGUGUGGACACCAUGUCUUCUUAGGCUCCGCUCGGGAUCCUCCAGAUGAAAUUAUGCAGGAUCUUCCAGCCCCGAUUCUUGAUGACAUCCCCAGCAAUGCAGUGAACAUGGGCCAAGUGACGGCAUGUGAUUCUGAGGAUCAGGGCUCUAUGAAAAUAGCCUGGCGCUACCAGAACCUUCCCAAAGUGCAGACGGCCUUGGCUUCCUCGUCGAGGUUUGGCCACUAUUACGACGCAUCAAAGACGAUGGCACGGGAGCUGAGGGAGGCGGUUAAAUGCAGCACGUUCUUCCUUCCCCAUGAGCUCCCUGCAGAGUCACACGCAGAGCCCAGCCCCAUAAGUGAGGCAUACAGAUUGCUGCUGCGCUCCAUCCAAGAGCUGAUUCGGCAGGAGGGCUUUGAUGGCACCGCCCCGCAGAAGUCUAGGAACAUUCUGAGGAUUGGCCUGCACUCCCUGGGCUCUCCUCUUUGGGCUGAUGAUAUCUGCUGUGAGGAGAAGCCUACCCAGGCUUCGAGCCUCACCAGCUUCCUGUACGGCCUUCGUGCCCUGCUGCGCUCGUCACUCUGCACCUGCAUGGUCACCGUGCCCUCCCACCUCAUCCAGAACAGAGCAAUUAUGGACCGUGUAACCAGGCUGUGUGAUACGGCCAUUGCUCUUGAAUCAUUCAGAGGUUCUGAGAGAGAGACCAACCCUCUCUACAAGGAUUAUCACGGUCUCCUGCACGUGAAGCAGACACCUCAUCUCAACUGCCUGGUGUGUGAAGCCCCUGACACAAAGGAUCUGGCUUUUAAGCUGAAGAGGAAGCAGUUCUCCAUAGAGAGACUACAUUUGCCUCCAGACUUGUCAGACACGGUGAGCCGUUCGAGCAAAGCCGACGUGGCAGAAUCCGCCAGGCUGCUGAGCUCGGCCUGUGGCGGUCUGGCCACAAGCAACAAGCACCUGGACUUCUAAUCAGGGCCGUGCCACGCUCAGCAGGAGUAACUAUGCCAGGACAUUCUCACCAAAAGCAGGCAGAAGCCGGCCAGUACCCUGCGAUCCCUGCAUAACGAGUAUCUCCCCCGUGAACCUGCUACAUUCUUUGUCGCUUUGUCAUCUUAACGACAUCUGAAUCUGCUCAUGGAUCUGCUGCGCAGUGUCCGAUGAGAGUUCAUGGUUCACACAAUAGCUGAAAAGAAGGAGGCUAUUCCAGAGAACAGCUUUUUGAAUCUUUUUCAUUAUGUCAUGUGACUUGGGGGAGGGGAAUGGCUGUAAUUGCUGCUUUCCUUGUGUUAGCACAAUUAUAUCCGAUGUAAGCAUGCAGUCGUGCAGAUUGUUUAAAUACCUGUUGAUUUAAACAUGAUGUACUCCUGUAUGUUAUUUUUGGCUUAAAGAUUAAAUGUUACCAGUAUAAAAAAUG